UUGUCACCUCCUGUCAAUGUGACCAUCAAUGCGGUGAAAGCAAACUCUGCUGUGGUGACAUGGGACAUCCCCGAGGGAGAUCCUGUCAUUGGCUUUGCCAUUACACAGCAGAAGAAAGACGUGCGCAUGCUGCGAUUCAUCCAGGAAGUCAACACCACCACGCGCUCCUGUGCAUUAUGGGACUUGGAGGAGGAGACAGACUACAUUGUGCAUGUCCAGUCCAUCAGCAUGUCUGGGACGAGCCCACUGAGCGAACCCCUGCGCUUCCGAACGCCGAAGGAGGCCGAGACUCAGGCCUCUAAGGGUAAAGACGAAGUGACGAUGGAGGAAGUGGGCCAGACCACCCAGCUGAGGGCGGGGGAGCUCAUCAUCAUCGUGGUGGUACUUAUCAUGUGGGCAGGUGUGAUCGCUCUCUUCUGUCGCCAGUAUGACAUAAUCAAAGACAAUGAGCCCAACAACAACAAGGACAAAGCCAAAAACUCCUCAGAGUGCAGCACUCCUGAACAUCCGACUGGGGGGCUGUUGCGCAGUAAGGUAUAACCCAACCCCCUCCUCUCCCCGGGUGCCUCCCCCUCUGCGGCGCCGGGCAGUUCCCCAAGAAGAACAACAACAACAAUAGGAUGCCAUCUGUCAACAUCAUUGAGGUGUGACUGCCAGGACGUCUUUUCUUUAUC